CUAAUAUCAAUACCUUUCUCUACUUUCCAUCAACAUACUCAACAAACUUCAAUCCAAAUCGUAUAUGCGUUUUCCCUUCUGCUCAGUAGGAUGGUCAAUACCGUCAUGACAACAAAUCGCCACUCCCGACUGUCGGGCUUUCGAUGCGCCUCGACUGGCCGCGUAACCGCUGCCCUGUUGCUAUCCUUCCUCGCCUUCUCGCCAUCAUCUGCUCACAAUAACAUCGGCGACCGAUUUCACGACGACGUCCUAUUACCUCCUGGGCCAGCACUUCCAGUAUCGCCAGAAGUUCCUGCACCCGCUGAGCAUACCUUCAGCCUUCGGCACAUCUACCAUCAUGGCACACAUCUCCACCCAGGCCUCCAUCGGAAGCGAGAUGUUUUUCAUGACGAGUCAAGGGUCUACCUAGCUGCAGAAGACGAAUAUGGCGAAUAUGAUGUCUCUCGAUUAAAAGCCAAGAGCCGUUCCCAGACAAUCCAGCGUCUAGUAGACCGAAGGCCAUCUGUCGUCGACCCUAUGGUUGCCGAGUCUCGGCAGAGAGGAUAUGCAGCCGUGCUUGAUGCAUCGGCAUGGACUAUGGAUCAGGUUUCUUCACCCGAUAUCAAAGAUAAGGACACUGUUUUGACUUUGGCUAUUAUGACGGCCAACGCGUAUGUCAAGGAUGAAACAGAAACCGAUUGGGAAGAUGUAGGAGAAAGAUGGAACCGCAGCGCAGAUUUCGGAUGGGAGUCUGAUGGUCUUCGCGGCCAUAUUUUUGUUGACGAUACAAACUCGACUAUUGUCAUCGGAUUAAAAGGCACGUCGAUGGCUGUUUUUGAUGGAGAAGGCACCACAACUAAUGACAAGGUCAACGACAACCUCUUCUUCAGCUGCUGUUGUGCCCAACAAGGUCAGUGGACCUGGCAUCAAGUCUGUGAUUGUGCCACAGGCACGUAUUCAUGCAACAACACUUGUGUUGUCCAGGCUCUAAGGGAAGAGAAUCGCUACUACGGCGCUGCCCGCGAACUAUACUCAAAUGUCACAGAACUCUAUCCUGAUGCGCAAGUCUGGCUUACAGGGCACUCGCUUGGUGGCGCCGUCACCUCGAUGCUGGGUAUGACAUAUGGUCUUCCCGUCGUCACAUUUGAAGCCGUCCCAGAGGCGCUUCCAGCUUCCAGACUAGGUCUGCCCGUUCCUCCUGGUGCUAGUGCCGACUAUCCCCAAAUGCGCGAGAACACAGGCACAUUCCAUUUUGGUCACACCGCAGACCCUGUCUAUAUCGGAACAUGCAAUGGCGCAACAGCUUCUUGCACCUAUGGUGGCUAUGCUAUGGAAAGCGCAUGCCAUGCUGGCUAUGAAUGUGUGUACGACGUUGUCGCCGAUAAGGGAUGGAGGGUCGGAAUUGGUACACAUCGGAUCCGUUCUGUCAUUGACGAUGUCAUCAAGAAGUACGAUGGUGUUCCCGAGUGCAGACGAACUCCUGAAUGUAGGGACUGUGCUCAAUGGAAGAUGUACGAAAGCAAUGGCACCGAAACCACCACAACAUCAUCCUCACCAACCUCGACCUCCAUGACUACCCGUACUCGGACCCGCACAUCAACUUGUGAGACGCCCGGCUGGUGGGGUUGUCUUGACAAGACCACACCCGCCUCGACCACAACCUCGACUACGUCGACUUCUACGUCUACCUGCAAGACUCCUGGCUGGUUUGGGUGCAAGGAUAAGACGACUACUGAGAGCAGCACUACAACGACCGUAGAUGCUACUCCUACGACGACUUGCCAUACUCCUGGAAGGUUCUGGGGCUGCCGCGAUGAAGUUGAGGCCACAACAACAGCUGAACCUGGCCAGGUUACGAACGUGCCUGUUACGGCCGCGCCCACAGGUACAACGGAAGACGUUCCUAGCACGAGUGUGCCAGAAAGUCAGAGAUGUCUCACUCGUAGCUGGUUUGGGUUAUGCAAGGAGUGGGCUGUUGAAGACAUGGAAUUUGCCCCAGAUGAGAUGUAGGAAUCGGCACUGAGAGGUCCAAUUCUAUCAGUAACGUCCAGACCAACUCUCGUAUCUCGUACAUCGAUCACUGGUCGAAGCGACACGCACCUCUGCCUGUUAUAGCGGCUUGGUUUCUGUUUUUCUCUCUCUUGUCCGGGCACUUGGCUGCGAUAUAGAGGGACUCGCUCAGCGGUUAGCCAUGAUAAGUUUAGUAUUUUAGAUACACUCAUGUAAAUCAUGAGGAUGGAGUUUUUGUUUGGUACACUGGAGGACACGGCGUUUGAUUAGGUACGAAUGGCCGGGCUACAGUUUUGAACACAUGCGAUCUACACAUGAGACUCGCACAUUUAGACGAAUGAAAUAUAUUAUAAUAUCAGAAUAAAUUGUAUUAAAUUA